AUGCCAUUCACCUGCUCUGUUUGUGGGAAGGGAUUCACUCGGUCGUCUGACCUAUUGAUACACCAGCGAAUUCGCACUGGUGAGUCUCAGCAGUUUACCAUUCUCGCUGAGCACAGUGAGAUAAACGCCACCGUCGGGGGAGAGGUUCUCUUUUCAGUGCGGCCGUCGGGCAAAGUUACCAGUGGAAACUGGAGUUUUAAUGGGGGAACAAUCGCCCAGUGGAUCGGCCAGAACGUGUCUGUUGGCGAUGGCUACACAUACCGAGCGGGUAUAUUCACGAACAACGGGUCGCUUCUGCUGAAGUCGGUGAACAUGUCGGACGGUGGGGAAUACCGUGUGUGUAUGGUGUCAGCUCAUGGCUCCCAAACCCUAGUGACCGUCACUCUGCGUGUCUUUGGACCUGUUUCCAAUGUCACUGUUACAUCUAACGCCACCAUGCUGAUUGAGUACAACGACACCGUCAGACUAACCUGCUCCGCAACAGGCACGGAUGUCUCUUACCUGUGGCUUGAGGAGAACAGCGUGAUCAUUCCCGGUGGCAGGUCUGAGCUGAGUGCCGAUAACAGCACACUCACUGUUUCUGGAGUGGUACGGACAGACGGAAAUUUCAUCUGCAGAGCAAGCAACGUGAUUAACGAAAUCACGAGCGCUCCGUUUUCUCUUAAUGUCAACUACGGACCGGAUCGUCCAUCCAUCAUCACUCAACCGCACUCGGCUUUUCACGUUGCCGGAAGCUCCCUCAGGUUAACAUGUUUUACAGAGUCCCGCCCAGAUGCUCAAUUGAAUUGGCAACUGAACGGUGCCCAUCUACACAGUGGGCAGGAGGUCGUCCUCGACAGCAUCUCUGUGAGCAACGCGGGAAAAUAUACUUGUGAGGCCUAUAACAUGGUUACAAAAAGGAACAAUGUCUCAACGACGCAAAUCAAUGUGUUCGAACGUGUUUCCAAUGUCAUUGUUACAUCCAAUGCCACCAGACUGAUUGAGUUCAGCGACACCGUCAGGCUAACCUGCUCUGCAACAGGCACGGAUGUCUCUUACCUGUGGCUUGAGAAGAAGAACAAGAUAAUUCCUGGAGGCAGGAUUGUUCUGCAUGAAGAUAACAGCACACUCACUGUAUCUGGAGUGCUACGGACAGAUGGAAGUUUCACCUGUAGAGCAAGCAACAAGAUUAACGAAAUCACAAGCUCUCCGUUUUCUCUUCAUGUCAAAUACGGACCGGAUCGUCCAUCCAUCAUCACUCAACCGCACUCGGCUUUUCACGUUGCUGGAAGCUCCCUCAGGUUAACAUGUUUUACAGAGUCCCGCCCAGAUGCUCAAUUGAAUUGGCAACUGAACGGUGCCCACCUACAAAGUGGGCAGGAGGUCGUCCUCGACAGCAUCUCUGUGAGCAACGCGGGAAACUAUACUUGUGAGGCCUAUAACAGGGUUACGAAAAGGAACAAUGCCUCAACCACGCAAAUCAAUGUGUUCGAGACAGUGACUGGGGUUACUGUCGUGGCCAGUGAUCCCAACCCCCUGGAAGACCCCGAUACCAUCACACUCAGCUGUCACGCGUCGGGCACUGUUCAGACACGGAAAUGGUUCAAGGAUAACCAACCCAUCCAGGGAAACGGCAGAAUAUUUACAUCUCCCGACAAGGCGAAACUGACUAUAAUCAGAGCUAUCAGAAACGACCGAGGGACGUACAAGUGCAUCGCCAGCAACUCAUUCAGCAGUGGUGCUGGAGAGACCAACCUGCAAGUUUACUGUACCUUCGAUACAAAGAAUGUAAACUCAUCGGAAUAUUAUGAAAAUGUCCAAAUGGAUGAACAG